GGCCAUAUCGCCUUUCUUAGCUUUCUAAAAUCCGAGUCGCAGUGAACCAUGACAACCCACAUGCGGGCCGCAUAUUUGGAGAUUUCUACCCCAAAGGGGCCCAGCUGUGAGGCGCCUGGUACGUCCCUUGCACAAAUGUUCGCAUUUGUUCGCCUAUCGCCGAUUUCUGUUGUUCUGCCAGAUUUGACUAGUUUGGCGGUCCCCUAAGCCUUAAAUCGCGCAUCACCUCAUAUAUAUAUGUUGGGGAUUCCCUUCUUGCUUGACCGACUGUAGCAGUUUUAGAGCUGUCAAGUCUUGCUUCAUGCGCUUCCACUUCACAACGCUACUCCAAGUCACAUAACAUUUACUUUGCCUUUUCCCGCCUCUAAUUAAUUCCUACCCUCAAGGUUUCUCAAAAUACUUAGAUCAGAUAUACAACUGGUCUUGUUUACGCUUCACGCAACUCCAUCCAUCCGUCAUGGGCUCCCCGGCUGCCAGUUCGCUCUCCGACCCAGAGAAGCAUCAUCUAGAGAAAACAGAUAUUGAAGAUACUGCACCACAGCGACAUGUGGAUUCUCGCGAAGAAUCCGAUGAAGAGACGAGUGUACCAAUAGAAAAGAAGCCAUCGGCUGGUCCAGCAGCAGCGUUCGACCCUUCAGCGUUCCCCGACGGUGGUUUGAAAGCAUGGACGGUGGUGAUCGGAGCGUUCGCUUGUCUAUUCUGCUCUUUUGGGUGGAUCAACUGCAUAGGGGUGUUCCAGGCGCACUAUCAGAAAAAUCAAUUGCGCGAGUACAGCGCCAGCACGAUUUCAUGGAUCCCCUCGCUCGAAGCGUUCAUGAUGUUUGCCGGAGGUCCCUUCAUCGGCAAAGCCUAUGAUAACUACGGCCCACGAUACAUUCUCCUGAUUGGCACGUUUCUUCACGUCUUCGGCCUCAUGAUGGCCUCGAUUUCUUCCAAGUACUACCAGUUCCUCCUCUCUCAAGGCAUUUGCUCGUCCAUCGGCGCCAGCAUGGUCUUCUACCCGGCCAUGUCCACGGUCGCAACAUGGUUCUUUAAGAGACGAGCGUUCGCUUAUGGCAUCACGGCAGCAGGAUCGUCAAUCGGCGGUGUUGUAAUCCCAAUCAUGGUCCAGCGACUACUUCCACUAGUGGGCUUUGGUUGGACCAUGCGCAUCGCCGCGUUUAUCAUCCUCUUCCUUCUCGUCAUCGCCAACUUGACGGUCCGUUCACGUCUCCCGCCGCACCCGCAGCCUUUCAGGGUCAUGGACUUUAUCGAACCGCUGAAGGAGGUUCCCUUCGCUAUCUCCGUUUUCGGUUUCUUCCUCUUCUUCUUAGGCAUGUUCCUUCCCAUCAACUACCUGAUCGUCCAGGCUUCCCAGGCACCCAUCAACAUGUCCCUGUCCCUAGCCGGCUACCUCGUCUCCAUCCUCAACGCCGCCUCCUUCUUCGGACGUGUCAUCCCGGGCUAUCUGGGUGACAAGAUUGGCCGCUACAACGUGCUGAUCGUCCUCACCUUCUUUACCGGAAUUAUCGAUCUGGGACUCUGGCUGCCGGCGCGUGCCAAUGCGCCGAUCAUCGUCUUCGCCGCGUUGUACGGGUUUUCGACUGGUGCGUUUGUCAGCUUGGGCCCCGCGGUCAUUGCACAGAUCACUCCGGAUGUUCGACGGAUUGGUGUGCGCACCGGAACGAUGUUUGCGAUCGUUUCCGUUGCGGCCCUCAUCAGCAACCCGAUCGGCGGCUCGUUGCUGACAAGAUGGGAUGGGAAGUAUACAGGAAUGCAGGUCUUUGGGGGAGUUUUUCAGUUGUCUGCCGGAUUCGUGCUGACUGCCGCGAGAGUGAUACUGGUGGGCUGGAAUCCGAGCAAAAUGUGUUAGGCAAACCGCCCUUCACCUACUCAAUCGACUAUGAGAUUGGAAGGGGGUUAAACCUCAUCUCUGUGAAUUUAUUCUCGAGACCAAAAUCUGGCUCGCUCUAAUAGACAUGACCCAAGACGGUCGACGUACAUGUGUUGGAAUAUUGCAUAUAGAUGGUGUUCGGAAGUUGAUAAUAUGUGAAGAAAACAGAAAUCUCUGUUCUUGUAUAUCAGAAGCUACGAGUAUAGAAGCUAAGA